UGCCAGGUCGCUGGGUGGUUAUGGAACAGCAGCCAUCGGAGCGCCGUGCAUUAUCCAGCUCAUUAAAGAAGGCGGAGAUUAGAAAGAGGGGAGGGGACGCUGUGUAGGGAUAAAAGCACAGGAAUAGAUGGAUUAAUCGCGGCUUGGAAAGUCAUGGACGGUGCCUGAGCGAGGGCGAUACUUCGAGGCUGAAGAAAGCGAGACUCUACGGCAGCCAUGAGGACGAGUCGCAGGGCGAGCAACGCGGAGGUGCCCUCCUUCCUGCGGCAGAUCGUCAAGGAGACAGAGAGGAUGGUCGCAUUUUUCUUCAAGGGGACCCGGGGGCAAGAUGGGGAUGAGGAAGAGGAGGAGGAAGAUGACGAAGAGUCCGGUGCCUAUCUGGAGCGACCUGUCCUGGAGAAGCACCUGGCGGAGGGGAGUGACAGGUGCGGCAUCAGCUAUGCGGUGGGCAGCAUGCAGGGCUGGAGGUCACGCAUGGAGGACGCGCACACCUGCAUCCCCGAGAUGGCCGCAGACAUGUCCGGCUGGGGUUACUACGCCGUGUACGACGGGCAUGCCGGCAGCACGGUAGCCGAAUACUGCUCCAGACACCUGCUGGAUCACAUACUGGCUACAGGCAGAAUUAAAGCGGAAGAUGACCCAGCGGAGGUUAAAGAAGGGAUCCGAGAGGGUUUCCUGAACAUCGACAGGCACAUGCACGGUCUGGCCCGCAGUGCAUGCUGGGAUCGCAGCGGUUCCACCGCCGCUGCCGUCAUGCUCUCACCGCACCGCAUCUACCUCAUCAACUGCGGCGACUCGCGGGUGCUGCUGUGCCGCGACGGCCUCGUCUGCUUCUACACCGAGGACCACAAGCCGUGCAACCCGCGCGAGAAGGCGCGCAUCCAGAACGCCGGCGGCCGCGUCACCCUGCAGCGUGUCAACGGCUCGCUGGCCGUCUCCCGGGCCCUGGGCGACUUCGACUUCAAAGAGGUGGCCUGGCGGCCUCAGACGGAGCAGCUGGUCUCGCCCGAGCCGGAGGUGUUCCAGCUGGAGCGCUCAUCCACAGACGAGUUCCUCGUGGUGGCUUGCGACGGCGUGUGGGAUGCCAUGGACAAUGAGGAACUUUGUGCUUUUGUGCACGACCGGAUGCAGGUCACUGAUGACCCGUGUGAGGUUUGCGCUCAAGUCAUAGACCUCUGCCUCUACAAGGGCAGUUUGGACAAUAUCAGCAUUAUCAUCAUCCGCUUUCCUGGCGCCCCCAAGGUGUCACCGGAGGUACUGCAACGGGAAGCUGCCCUGGAACAGCUUAUUGAGAGCAAAGUAGCAGACAUCUACCAAGAGCUGAGAUCAGAAGACCGGGACCCUGACCUGCUGAAGGUGAUGAAGCGCCUGACCUCGGAGAACAUACCCGGACUACCACCAGGUGGCGGCAUAACCAGCAAGCGAGACUGCAUCAUAGUCUCCUAUCAGAAACAGGUGCUAAAAUGCCAGGCGCAGAAAUUCGCGGACAUCGGCGGUUCUGAAGACUCGUGCUAGAUGCGGUUCCCAUGGAAACAAAAUCAUCAGCCCUGCAUCUCCCUAGCAACAGCUCUGACCUUGCUAAAAAGAGGGACCCUAAGUCUCAGAGGAUGACCCACCGUCAGCUACAAAGACGGAUUUCCUGUAUGCGACCUCCUGAACAACGGGUAGCCCUACCAGAGGGGAGCGUCCAAAAUGGAUGUGCGAGAUGUUAAGUGUUAAUUGUGCCAUCUGAGUAUUACAGGUGCUCCAGGAGUCUGACUCUGUAAAGCUCAGUAAGCAGAAAACCAUCUCCACAUAUUAAUCUCUCUUAAUGUGUCUAAACUGAUAAAUGCAGGCAGAGCGAAAAUAAAAAUUUUGCUAACU